UUAUCACUAUACUCACCCUGAGCUAUCUCUCUCUCGCUCUCUCUCCCUCCCUCUCUUUAUCUAACACUGUCACCCACUUGCGGAAAAUCAUGGCCGACAGAAACACCCGGGUUAGUGUUAAGAGGAAAGAGAAGAAGGUAGAAAACAAAACAAAUGAUGACAAGGACAAAGAAAAAGAAAAGGAGAAGGAGAAAAAUUUGAAAAAGCCUGACAAACUUGUGAAAAAGCCAGAGAAGACCCCAGAGAAGACCCCAGAGAAGACCCCAGAGAAGACCCCUGAGCAGCCCAAGAUGGAUAAAGAGAAGCGGAAUGGGGAAAGUGGAGGCGCAACCGGAGCGGAAGCAAUAAACAGUGAAGAAAAUGGAGAGUUUCAACCCAUAGAAUUGCCACCGUUUGAGAUUGUCACAGGGGAACAGAUGAGCCCAUUCUACUUCAAGUUUCAGUUCAGGAAUGUGGAGUACUCAUCCGGGAGGAACAAGACUCUGCUGUGUUUUAGAGUGGAUACACCAGGAGGCAGCACAGAGCCACUGAAAGGUUAUAUGGAGGAUGAACAUGCCACGGCUCAUGCUGAAGAAGCAUUCUUUCAACAGGUGCUCCCUAUUGCUUCCCAAGAGUAUGAAGUCACUUGGUAUGUAUCAUCCAGUCCUUGUGCGGCUUGUGCAGCCAAGUUGGCCAACAUCCUCCAGCAGCGCAAGAAGGUCCGUCUCUGCAUGUUCUGCUCCCGUCUCUUUGACUGGGAGGAGCCAGAGAUAGUAGAAGGGCUCCGGGCUCUGGUGAACGCCGGCUGCAAAUUGCGGAUGAUGAAGCCGGUUGACUUCGUACAUGUUUGGGAAACGUAUGUGGAGAAGGAGGACCUGACCUUUGAACCCUGGGAGGAUUGUCAGGAGAACUAUGACUACUAUGUGGAGAAACUGGCUGAUAUCCUCAAGUAGAUAGUUCAUGCACACCACGGACAAGAUCUUCCCACUGACUGUACCACAAAUCGGCCUACUUGUUAAAUCUCCACUGGUUGAACUUGCAGUCUCAUCUGACGGUGUAGAUCAGUAUAAGUUUAAAUGAACACUCAUGGCAACAUUUUGUAAUUUAUAUUUUGAUAAUUUCAUAGGGAGACACAAAAUGCUUGAUUGGCAUUAAUGAAGCAUCACCUACUGUUAAAAAUAUAAUUAUUUUUAAAGAAGAAAGCAAUAACAGCAGACUAACUUACAUUUAAUUACAUCUGGGGCCAAAUGCAUCAAUCCCCCGACUAAAACAGUGUGCACAGUACACACAAAGACAGAAAUAUGCAUAAGAAUGUAUAUGCACCUCUAAAACAGACUUUACAAAGAGCUUCUCAAAUUACAAUAAAAUCAAAAGAUCAUCAAUGUCUCAAAUGUAAAA